GGCUGUCACUGUGUCCUCUCCAUUUUUGCCCACUUUUCUCUCCUUCUUUGGGUUGCUCCUGCCUCUCUGUUCCCUCCUGUCCUUCCUCCCCAGCGUGUCGUCUCUCCUAGUUUCUUCUCUGUUGUCCCUCUUGGGCAUGCAGGAGGCUGAGGGCAGAGUCUCUGGGGCGGCGCAGUGCCUGGCCACAGGGUAGAGAGACGGCAUCCCCUCGGGCGUGUCCGCCUGUCCCUUCCAGUACGCUUCUUUCUUUUUUCCCGGUGUCUCUCUUUGCUAGAAGUACGUUAUAACCUUAGCAAUAACGUUUUCAGGGGCAGGCCUGGCUCUUCUCCCUCUAAUUCUGCUGACCGCCUAGAGGCAUUCCCAGCCCAGUGAUUCAUGGCAGUAUCCAUGGGUGGCCUGUUCUAGGGCAGAGGCCUGGGGGGAGGUUUGCUAACCAUCAGCCCAGCGAUUGUGCCCUUCCUCAGUCAGUGCACGGCCACAGGCCCCUCUCGCUCUCAGUGAGUGACCCGAAUAGUCAUCCUCAGAACAUCCCAGCCAGUCUUGGAAAGAGACCCGGUACCCCUGGAAUUCAGGCCUUGAGUCUCGCCGAGUUCAGGACUCCCCCCUCUGCUUGCAGCCUGGCUGUGCAGUCUGAGGAUGCGCAACCAGAAGGUGGUGGCGGAGGCCCGCUCAGUGAGCACCAAGCUGGCCUCAGAAAGGGGAGGCCGGGGGACCGCUGGUGGUUUGCUUUUGUUUUUGUUUUUAUAGUCAUCGUUUAUUUUAAUUUUUUUUAUUAGGCAAGAGGGUAUGUAUGGGUUCACACAGGGGAAACGUGGGUAUGUCCAGCUGGGUUCACGGGUUCGAUGGUGUCCCUGGAGCCUGGCUCCCCCUCCCUCUCAGCUCGCCUGUCCUCCGUGCUGGCUCCCUCCUCAGAGGCCCAGCUGGCCAUGCAGCUCUCUGCAUCCCAUCCUUCCUGGAAACCCUGCAGGGACGGGCCCAGCAAGGAGGCCCCCCCUUGGGGAACAGGAAGAUCUGAUUGGCCAGGCCCGGCCACGCCCAGGUCCAGGUGGCCCGUCCCCCGCCUCCAGUGCCCCUCUUUGGAAGUGACUAGUGCAGCAGCCUCUGGACAGCUUGGGGGCACGCAGCGCCGUCUCCGAAGGGUCCCUGCAGAGAGUUCUGGCAUAGUGCUCAGCAUCCCUCAGAUUGUCCGUUUGGGAUUUUCCUAUCCGAUACUGAGUUUUGUACAGAGAGGGCAUACCUGUGGGUGCCUGGCACGGGGUGGUUUCUCUGAGAGCCUGGGUCUCCGCGCCCCCAGCACCUGGAGCACAGGCAGGCGUGCUGCGGCUGCGCAGUGAAUUCAUGUGGACUCAGUGACUGGAGGGCUGGGGCGGCUGGAGUUGGGCAGCCCCGCUCCUGCCCCCAGGGCCGCCCCCACCGGGCAGCUCCACCUGUCCGUGCCCAGCGUGUGGGGGGCACUAAGGAAAUAGCAGCUAUUGUAUCAUUGUUGUUACUCUUGUGACUCCACCGUUGCUAUUGUUCAACCUGGAAGCUUCUCCCGGCUCCAGGAGCCAUCUUGACCCUUGCUGACUCUCUCCCUCUGGCUACCUUUGCUUUAGUAAGCCCGCUCUGUGCCAAAAUGUGUGGCCUUACGAUUCCUCCAGUGAUCUUCAGAUCUGAACAACCCACAGGGUGGAUCAAGGGUCAGACCUCACAGAUCCUUAAACUGUGCGGUCCAGGCCCUCUGUGGGGUAGACAGUGUGGCCUAGCUCCUGGCCUGAGGCGACAGGGGACAUGACUGGAACACCCACAGACUCACCGGAGACCUUGACACCCGCUGUGGGGCUUCUGGGUGGACGAUCUGGGCUCGAAUGUGGACGGUGCAGGUUAGGAGCCUGUGGUUUCUGACUGGUCACUGCCCUCGGCCCCCAUCCCUCUCAUAGUGGGGACAAGGGAGCAACCAGGGGGCGUUUUGAUGAUCCAGGUUGCAUACAUGCCGUGCAAGCGUGUCCUGCUCAGUGCCCGGGCCCAGGAAGUACUCUGAGCGUGGGCUUGAGUUGCAACCCUCAGCACUGUGCUGGGGGGGCUCAGAGAGGGGCGGAGUCCUUGGACAUGAGAUGCAGCUUCAGGCGGCCCCUUGAGCUCUGAGUCACGGCCUGACCUGGGUGGCGGAGAGACACAGGGUCAGCUCCCAGCCCUGACCAUCAGCUUCUGAGCAGGAUACUUAAGACACUGGCAUUUGUCUCUGUCAUUCAGUGGUCUGGGACAACCCCAGGGGCCUUCACUCUCUCUGCCAUCAGCAAACCUCUGCUUCUGAUGUUGGACUGAGGAGUGCCUUGCCCAUGGAGGCAGUAUAUAGAUGUUUGAAAACUCCUCUUGAAGCCUGGUGUGGGGCAGUGGGAGGCAGGAUUUCAGAGGGACUCUGGACUCAGCCUGUCUGGGUCACACUUGUGCUCUGCUACUUAUUAACGCGAGACUUUGGGCAAGUUACCUGACCUCUCUGGGCCUCAGCGUCUGCAUCUGUAACGUGGGGAUGAAGGUAGUGGCUUCUCCUUGAAGGUUAGGUGAGAUAAGCCGAGCUCAGAGCCAGCAGUCGAUGGUGUUGGCUGUUCUUAUCGUGACGGAAAGAUGCAUGCUUUUGAAAAGAAAAGGCCCUCUUCUAAAAUGCAUACUCCCCCCAAGUUGUCAUGUGACACACAUCGUCUCCAUCCAGGUCUGCCUGAAGCUCUGAGAGCCAUGCUGCUGGGUACCAGAGUGGGCACUUAUCCAGGGGGACAGUCUGUGGAGGGCCAGUGAACCCCUGAAAUUGGACAGGACUGUACCUAGGGCCUUAUGGUGGGCUGGACAAUGACAUUAUUAAUGAAUAAUGACACACUUCCCAAAAACAUCCACAUCCUAAGCCCAGAGCCUGUGCAUGUGUGACCUUGUAUGGUAAAGGCCUUUGAGGAUUCACGUUAUCCAGACGCGCAUGAUGUAGUCACGAGAGUCCUUAGAAGAGGGAGGCAGGAGAGUCAGUCAGAGAAGGUGUGCCCGUGGAAGCAGAGGUUGGAAUGAAGCGCUCCAGAGACAGAGGAAGGGGCCAGGAGCCGAGGAGUGCAGGCGGCCUCUGGAGGCUGAAGAAGACGAGGAAACAGCUUCUCUCCUGAACCCUCCAGAAGGAAUGCAGCCCUGCUGACGCCUUAAUUGUAGCCUUCUGCCUCCAGAACAAUAAGGAAACUGAGACUUCGGGGAUAAGGAACAGCCAGCUGAGCGGAGUAGCCGAGGCUCGUGCCAAAGUCCUUGCCUUGACCCGCCGUGGCGCUCACCUCCCUGAUCUGCGUGUGCCUGUCACCACGGCCCUCCUGGUUCUGGAACUUGUGCCUUCACCCAACAGAGCUGCAGCACGGGUAGGAGAAGACAGGAUCAGGAGGUGAGCUGUGCCUAGAAGGUCCUCGCCUUUUCCAGCACUUCGCUGGGGCCCGACUGGCCUUUACAGAUCAGAACGGCAGCAGGAGAGCGGCCAGCUGCCCUCUGCAGCCCCGAGAGACCGUCUUGCAGUUUCCUCGGGGCCGACGUGUAGACGGGAGGCCACUUCGGGAUCACGUGUGGGCCGCUGAGAAAGCACCUAUUACCAAAAUAGAGCCAGAUACAACUUGGUUUUGCCUGGUUCUGAACUUCAUAUAAAUGGAAUCCUGCUGUGUGUUCUGCAAUUUGCUUUCUGCUCUGCAUCCCAUGUGUCAGACUGGUCCAUGCUGGUGCCUAUGGCCACAGGUGGAUCCUGAACUCUAGAUUGUACCAUGAAGGGUCGUUUCCGGGCUGCCCUGAGCUGUGCCAGGUGACAACAGACCCCCCGGCCACCGCUGUCCACACGGGACGCCUCGAAUUUGCUGGAAGCCACCCCUCAAGAGUGUGGCUGCUGUUUUCCUAGUGCAGCGCUGAGGACUUUGUUCAGUGCACUCAAGGGGGUUUUAUUGCUGCUGCUGCUUUUUAUUUAUUUAUUUUCUUCCUUUGAACUGGGCUGUGCCCUGUUCUCGCUGGCAUGAUGGCGCAGUCCAAGGCCAACGGCUCACACUACGCGCUGACCGCCAUCGGCCUGGGGAUGCUGGUCCUCGGGGUCAUCAUGGCCAUGUGGAACCUGGUGCCCGGGUUCAGUGCGGCCGAAAAGCCGACAGCUCAGGGGAACAAGACCGAGAUAGGCAGUGGCAUUCUCAAGAGCAAGACCUUCUCCGUGGCCUAUGUGCUGGUCGGCGCUGGGGUGGCCCUGCUGCUGCUCUCCAUCUGCCUGAGCAUCCGGGACAAGAGGAAACAGCGGCAAGGCGAGGAGAUGGCGCACAUCCAGCACCAGCAGGGGGCCGAGCCUCGUGCCCAGGAGGAAGACAGCCAGGAGGAGGAGGAGGUCUCCUCGAGGUACUACGUCCCCAGUUACGAGGAAGUGAUGAACACAAACUACUCGCAGGCGAGGGAGCAGGACCAGAACCAGAGGAUGAGCAUCUCUCUCCCCUCCUAUGAGUCCUUGACGGGCCUCGAUGAGACGACCCCCACGACCGCCAGGGCCGACGUGGAGGCCAGCCCGGGGAACCCCCCCGACAGGCAGAACUCCAAGUUGGCCAAACGCCUGAAGCCACUGAAAGUUCGAAGGAUUAAAUCUGAGAAGCUUCACCUCAAAGACUUUAGGAUCAAUCUCCCAGACAAAAACGUCCCUCCUCCCUCCAUCGAGCCUUUGACUCCCCCGCCACACUAUGAUGAAGUCCAGGAGAAGGCCCCCGACGCCCGGCCGCCUGACUGACGGCGCCUCUCAGGUGUCUUCCCUCCUGCCACUCACCCUCCGCACCCACAGACCCCCAGUGAAGCCACUUCAGCUGCAGAUGAGGAGCGGAGGGGCCAGAUGCCUCCUUAGCAAUUUGGAUGGUGGGGGGUUCUGUGAAUUGGGAGAGACUGUGACGUCUGCGGAACCUCGUGUAGCAGGCACGUCAGACAGAGAUGCUGCCUCGGCUCUCCUGAUGUUGCGGGGCCAUCGAGGGGUGACCCAGGCACCUUCCCCCUUGUUUUCCUUCAACUCUGAGUUGUCGGCCACACCACUCCUCUUUCCGGUUAGGAAAGGAUACCCAGCAACUGGUUAGAUUGUGGUUUUGUUCUGCUUCCACUCGGGCCAUUUUGUCCUGCCUCCGCUUUCUUCACUGGAGUCCUGAACUGUGGGUGGGGGAUAUGACUCAGCUUUGGAGAAAGGACACGGGGCCGUUUUGUGAAGGAAGAGAAUCAAGAGGCUGCAUGAUUAUGUGGGGCGAGGCCCAGGCGGGUCUCUCAGAGCCCCUGAUCCGUCGGGUCUUUGAGGGCCCCAGGCCUGAGGAUGCAUAAGGUCGUAGUCUUAUCUGGUACUCUCUCCUCGUCUCUCCUGUGUAACAGCAAGAAAGGACAGCUGUGUGGGAUGUUGUGUUCCUUCUAAAAUGCCAUGCAGCCGAGCUUUUUAUAAUAAAAUAUUUUAUAUGUAG